UUCAUGGUCCAAAUUCAUUAAGAACACCCGAAGAUGUCAACAUGUCGAGUCUGCCAUUGAGUCCUCCCAACUAACUGGGUUACGACCACCACUUCAAGCCUACAAAUGCAGCAUGUCAUAUGAAAGAAAAACAAGCACUUAAGAGGGAGAGGGAAAAUGCCCGGUAUGAGCAACAUGAAGAAGGGAUAUUACAGAGCCUACGUGAGAAACGGUGCCGAGCCAAAUCUACAGUUGUCCCAACAACCGGAGAACAAACUCAAUCCAGUACAGCCGAUGAAGAUUGUGAUUGGCUACACAAAAAUGAUACAUACCAGAUGCAAAACAUUGGAGGGAGGAUGACGCCAGUCAACAUACUCAGUCAUAAAUACGUAUAUAAAUUGCAUGACUGCGAUGGAGCAUCUAUAGAUGACAUGGAUGCUGCACCAGUAUGGGUAUUAAAUAGAGCCAAAGAAUAUUUUGAAAAUGAUAUGAUAUUCAUUCCAAUAAACAUGGACGACGUUCACUGCUACCUAUGUGUUAUAAAUGCUAGAAAACUAUGUGUUCAAGUGCUCGACUCGCUAGGCCCAUCAAUGAAUCGCAAGGACCUCACUGAUACGCUAGAAGGACCGGAGGAUUUAUUCAAAUAUGCAUCCGAGCACAUGGAAUUAAAAUCCAAUAAGUGGACUGAUCUAAGUGUUACAACAUGGAAAAGAGAAGAAUAUAUUAAGAGCAGUCUUCAGACGGAUGGGUUUUAUUCUGGGCUACUGCGCUGAUCCGUAUGUGGUCGUUACUCACUCCGACGGAGCCCAGGGAGCGUUUGAUUACUGGAUCUGUCCGCUGGGAGAUGGUAGCACGGAAUAUCUUCAACCGGUUUGGAUGACGGUCAUGUAAUAGGAUAGGCGAUUAGUUUAUCUAUCUUUGUUAUGCCAGCCGGUUGUGGCUUUUGGGCCUAUUGUUUUUGGUGUUGUGGCUCUUUGUGAGCCCGCCGUUAUUUUCUUUUCAGAUUUUAAGAUCUUGUUGAACCUCUUUAUUUAUCUAUAAAUGUGGCCGUAUGCAUCGUUCUGAUGCAGAGGU